AUGGAUUAUACCCGGGGCGACAUCCCGACUUACCAAGAAGAGCACCGCAAAUGCCCAUCUCUAGAUGAGACCGACACCGAUAGCGAGGACUUGACCGAGGAGACGGCAAACCAUAUUAACUCACUAGAGCUGGAGCGCAUAAAUACCUAUCGCCUUCAGCAAAAGACAACCGUUGGCUCAACCAGAGGCCCUCUACCCCGAGAGCAAUGGCUACCCAUGGGCGCUGGGAAAGAAUAUCCUCCAUUGCUUCCUGAUCCCGAGCAAUAUGUAGUUGAGUUUGAUGGACCAGACGAUCCAUUACAUCCCUACAACUGGUCCAUGCUGAGAAGAGCGUUUCUCGUAUGCAUCCUUUGCUACUCAACCUUUGCCGGCUCCUUCGCUAGUGCUGUCUUCUCCGCUGCCAUUGGAUCCGUGAGCGAGCAAUUUAAUAUCGGUACUGAGGCUGCCUCACUAGGCGUCACAUUAUAUGUUUUAGGUUUCGCUGCCGGUCCGACGAUCUGGGCGCCGGCCUCUGAGCUUAUCGGACGACGCUGGCCGUUGUCCAUUGGCCUCUUCGGCUGUGGUGUCUUUAGCAUUGCGUGUGCCACUGCAAAAGAUGUACAGACUAUUAUGAUCUGCCGUUUCUUUGCUGGACUGUUCGCCGCCAGCCCCCUCUCAAUCGUCCCUGCUGUCUUUGCCGAUCUAUUCAACAAUGCCCAGAGGGGUAUCAUCAUGUCGAUCUUCUGCAUGGCUGUCUUUAUUGGACCCUUUGCCGCCCCCUUCGUGGGUGGAUUUAUCGCCAUGAGCUCCCUCGGGUGGCGAUGGACUAUGUACAUAUCUGCCAUCAUGGUGUUCCUGGGCUUCAUUCUAGUCUUUCUAUUCCUGGAUGAGUCUUACCCUCCCGUGAUUCUGGUCCGCAAGGCCUCGGAGCUUCGUCGGCAAACGCAUAACUGGGGAAUUCACGCCAAACAAGACGAGGUGGAGAUUGACUUCAAGGAACUCGUCCGGAACAACUUCACACGUCCGAUAACCAUGCUAUUCACGGAGCCCAUUCUCCUCCUCAUCUCCCUUUACAUCUCGUUUAUCUAUGGCCUCAUGUAUGCUUUACUCGGUGCAUACCCAGUCGUCUUCCAGGGUGUUUACGGUAUGAACAUGGGUGUUGGUGGCCUUGCCUUUGUCGGUCUCAUUCUGGGUGAACUGCUCGGUGGCUGCUUCAUGCUUUCCCUCCAGGGUGGCUAUAAACGAAAACUUGCAGCAAAUGGAGACAAACCUAUUCCUGAAUGGCGUCUCUCGCCUGCCAUUCUAGGCGCUGUACUCUUUACUGGAGGGAUGUUCUGGUUCGGCUGGACCGGCUACACAUCGACAAUCCACUGGAUGGCUCCUAUGGCCUCAGGAGUCCUUACCGGUGCCGGAAUCUUCCUUAUAUUCCUGCAAUGCUUCAACUACAUCGUGGACUGCUAUCCCGCACUUGCGGCCUCCACAAUAGCAGCAAACACGAUCCUCCGUUCAGCAGUCGGCUGUGCAUUCCCUCUCUUUUCGAGACAGAUGAUGCAGAAUCUUGGCGUCCAAUGGGCCGGAACCAUGCUGGGCUGCAUUGCAAUUGUGAUGAUACCCAUCCCUGUGGUGUUUAAGCUAUGUGGUCCUUGGCUAAGGGCCAGGAGUAAAUUGCUUGCUCGCCGGUUUAUGAUGUUGAGAAAAAGCCUUAUGAUUGAUUCUUAUAAGCGGCAGCUGUUCCGGGCCUACCUAGCUGAGAAGGUCUGCCGUCGACACUCAAUCCACCGGGUCUUCAAUGGGGAGGACCUGGAGGUCUGCCAGACGGAUUGGGCGCUGUGUGACCUCUGCCAG